GUCUAACUUAAAACUAAUGGUAACCUUUGAGUCCAGUAUAUUUAUUAUUAUCUGUUUGAUAGAUGUUCAAUGUGUGUUUUAAAUUUACAAGUGAAUUGUUUUUGAACCUGAACUUAUAUGGAUCUCCGUGUUUCUAUUUCUCUGUCUUUGUGAAUUAACUAUCAUUACAACCAAAUUUGUUUUUUAUUUCUCUAUUUUAUUUAAGCUUGGUCCUGCCAUGGAAGUUGACACACCAUCUUCUGAUGAUUUAUCUCAGGAAAAGGGUAUUUUGGAAAAAUUGAACUAUUUUAAGGAACAAAUAAAAAAUUUAGAAAACGUUCUGAAACCUUUUUAUGAAAGUGAUAUUUAUUCAGAACUUACGACCGAAGAAAGAGUUGAAUAUGACAUAUUCCUUUCUUAUACACUCACAUCUCUUUAUUGGAUGUAUGUUAAAACAACUGGGGAAGAUCCAUUCAAACAUUCUGUAAAAGGCGAAGUAGAUAGAGUCCAAGAAUAUGUCGCAAAGUAUAAUAAAAUUAAGGAUAGAAAGAAAGCUCCUCGCAUUGACGUAGAUGCUGCCCGAAGGUUUAUCAAAAGAGGUGUUGGUAAGAUCCCUUCUGCCGCUGGUAAGCGGAAAGUAUUUGAUGAUGUCAGUAAUGAUGAAGAUGAAUUAGCUACUGAAGAAGAAGUUGAAUUAGCUGCUGAAGAAGAAGUUGAAAUACAGCCAAACUUAAUUUUAUAACUAUGAUCAAUAUAAACACGUCAUGUUAAUAUGAAGCAAUCAUGUAUGGCAAAGUUUAAUAAACGGAUACUUUGGAUUUCUAGAAUGUUGUGAAGGGAAUCAAGUGUAAAUGUAAUUAUGAACUAAAUUGAGUCCAGUUAACUAACAUUACAUUGUAACUUAGUAUUGAGAUUAAUCAGAAAGUUUUUUAAAAGAAUAUUUUAUUUCUAGUUAGUAAAAUAAACCAAUGAACUG